AUGGAGGAGGUGAAGUCAAUAUGUAAAGUUUCAGGCCCUAUAACCCUAACAGGUCUGAUUCUCUAUUCAAGGGCCAUGAUAUCCAUGUUGUUUAUAGGUUACCUUGGUGAACUUGAGCUUGCAGCUGCUUCUCUCUCCAUUGCCUUCGCCAACAUCACAGGCUAUUCAAUCAUAACUGGCUUGUCUAUGGGAAUGGAACCCAUCUGUGGCCAAGCUUUUGGAGCAAAGAGGUGGUCUCUCUUGGGUGUUACUUUACAAAGGGCAGUAAUCAUUCUACUUUUUUCUUGUUUACCUAUUUCUAUGUUAUGGCUAAACACACAUAGAUUUCUACUUUGGUGUGGUCAAGAUCCCAAACUAACCUCUAUGGCUUCAACUUACCUAGCUUACUCUGUUCCAGACCUCUUUGCCCAAGCCCUUCUACACCCACUUAGGAUCUAUUUAAGGGCACAAGGGGUUACCUUACCCUUAGCCAUAUGUGCCUUCAUUGCUCUUAUCCUUCACCUACCCAUAAAUUUUCUACUAGUGAUCAACAUGAACAUGGGUAUCAAAGGGGUAGCACUUGGAUCCGUGUGGACGAGUUAUAAUCUUCUUGUCAUGUUGAUCAUGUACAUUUGCCUAUGGGGUACACAUGAGAUCAGAACCUUUCAAGGGUUUACACUUGGGUGCCUUAAGGGCUGGGGUACCCUACUAGGGCUAGCCAUCCCUAGUUGUUUCUUGGUGUGCUUGGAGUGGUGGUGGUAUGAGUUCAUGAUCAUCUUAUGUGGAUUACUCCCUUGGCCAAAACCAAAAGUUGCGGCCAUGGGCGUAUUGAUUCAAACUACAUCUCUCCUUUAUGUAAUUCCUUCAUCUAUUAGUCUAGGGGUCUCUACUAGGGUAAGUAAUGAAUUGGGUGCAAAGUUACCUUGGAAGGCUAAGAGGGUCAUGUUUGUGUCUCUCUCCUUGUCAGUUUUGAUGGGUUUUCUCUCAAUGGUCUUUGCUAUGGGAGUCAGUUCUAUAUGGGGGAAGAUGUUCAGCAAGGACAAAGAAGUUCUUGAAUUGACAAGCAAUGUUUUGGCCAUCAUAGGUCUUUGUGAGCUCUUCAACUGCCCACAGACAACGGGGUGUGGGGUAUUAAGGGGAUGUGCUAGGCCUACCUUAGGAGCCAAUAUAAAUUUAGGGUCUUUCUAUCUAGUGGGUAUGCCAAUAUCGGUGCUAUUAGCUUUCUAUUUUGGGUAUGGCUUCUCGGGGCUCUGGUUUGGACACUUGGUGGCCGAGGUUUGUUGUUUUUUGUUGAUGGUGUAUUUUCUUCUACAGACGGAUUGGAUUCAAGAAACUGAGAGAGCUUGCAAGUUGACUGGGGUUGAAGCUCACCAUUUUGUUCUGCAUAUCGAAGCAGCUGAAGAGUUGCUUCCUUAG